GGAAAAAAAAGGUGUUUUAUCAGCACUCCAGACUUCUUCAGUCAGCCAGGACCAGGAAAUUUCCCACCUCACUUUUUAUUCCCUCUUGUGCCUUCUGGGUCCAUCCAAGCAUCAGAAGGCGAGAUGAGGCCAAGGCCAGGACGACGCUGAGUGUGACAAGGCAACACAACACACCCGCGAGACAGACUUGCUUCGCCCCGCGCCACAAAGACACACUUCCUACAUCUUUGUUUUGCGAGGAAAAGAAACUGUAGCAUUUCUUCCCUUCUUUCAGGAAGAGGGAGGGAGACCAGGAGACAGGGGCGGGGUCAGUGGGUCCUUCCAGUUAGCAAAGUUCAGGCUGGCACCAACUCUCUGCGUCCAGUCCUGUAGGACACGCUGGAAACCAGCCAAAAUAACCUCUUAACAGAUCACCUCGUUUCUGAUUUCAAACAAGGAACCAUAAAAUCCUGAAAUGCGCCGGGCGUGGUUAGCGCCGGCCUGUAAAUCCCAAGUCGUUGGAAGCUGAGGCAGGAAGACUGUUGAGAGUUCGAAGUUAGCCUCUGCUACAUAGUGAAUUCCAGGAUAGUCUGGGCUACAGCGUGAGACCUUGGGUCAAACAAACUCACCAAAUCAACUCCACCCACCCCCGGUGGGGGCGGGGGUGGGAAGAAGCCCAACCCCCUAAUUCCUUAAAAAUUUACAUUUUGUUCUACCCAGCACUGACGCUAGCUGAGAAAACAAACCUGCCCUUUCUCCCCCAGCUUUCCAGCUUCACUGAGGUGCCAGGUGAUGAUCUGCAAUAGCAUUGUCUGGCCCUAAGGGCCUGACAGUUAAUGAUUUGUCGCACGAGCCGGGCGGAGGAGCGCGGGGACGCGAGCGAGCAGGCGAGCGAGCGCAGCAGGAGAGCAAGGCGGGCGCGGGCCGAGUCCGCCGCCGUCCUCACAGGCGCCGCCUCCUGUUUUCCGGGCCGGGGCACUUCGCGGGGUUCCGGGCACACGAGGCUCGUAGGGACCCAUGGAGGCCGAGUCGCCGGCGAGCGCGGGGGUCACGGAGCCCCAGGCGCUGGGCGCCUUGGGCAGGAUCGGCAACCUGCUGAGCAGGAUCCGAGGCAAACUCUUCACCUGGGAUAUUUUGAAGACCAUAGCUCUAGGCCAGAUGCUGUCCUUGUGUAUAUGUGGCACAGCCAUCACCAGCCAGUACUUGGCGGAAAAGUACAGAGUGAACACGCCCAUGCUUCAGAGCUUUAUCAGCUACUGCUUGCUGCUCCUGGUUUACACAGUGAUGCUGGCGUUUCGGUCAGGCAGUGAUAACCUUUUAGAGAUUUUGAGAAGAAAAUGGUGGAAAUACACUCUCCUGGGGCUUGCCGACGUGGAAGCCAAUUAUCUGAUUGUCAGAGCAUACCAGUACACGACUCUGACCAGUGUCCAGCUCCUGGAUUGCUUUGGGAUUCCUGUGUUGAUGGCUCUCUCCUGGUUUAUUCUCCGUGCAAGAUACAAAGUGAUCCACUUCAUUGCCGUGUUUGUCUGCCUGCUGGGUGUAGGGACCAUGGUUGGUGCAGAUAUAUUAGCAGGGAGAGAAGACAAUUCAGGGAGCGAUGUUCUGAUCGGUGACAUCUUGGUCCUGCUUGGGGCUUCCCUGUAUGCUGUGUCUAAUGUGUGUGAGGAAUACAUCGUGAAGAAACUGAGCAGACAGGAGUUUUUAGGAAUGGUGGGCCUGUUUGGAACAAUUAUCAGUGGCGUACAGCUACUGAUUGUGGAAUAUAAGGACAUUGCCAAGAUUCACUGGGACUGGAAAAUUGCGCUGCUAUUUGUGGCAUUUGCCCUCUGCAUGUUUUGCCUAUACAGCUUCAUGCCGCUGGUGAUUAAGGUCACCAGUGCCACGUCAGUCAACCUGGGCAUCCUGACAGCUGACCUCUACAGCCUUUUCUUUGGCCUUUUUCUGUUUGGGUAUAAGUUUUCAGGGCUCUACAUCCUGUCUUUCACAGUCAUCAUGGUGGGCUUCAUCUUGUACUGUUCCACCCCAACACGCACAGCGGAGCCGGCAGAAAGCAGUGUGCCCCCCGUCACUAGCAUCGGGAUCGACAACCUGGGACUGAAGCUUGAGGAGAGCGGGCUCUCAGAGACCCACUCUGCGGCCUUGUAGUUGGACAAGCCACAGAUUCCCAUGUGUCACCAGAGGAGAGCAGAGCCUGCCACUGCCAAGGAUGCCCCUGAGGACAUCAGCCUCAGAGUGAACAUCCUCUGCGUCGGAUUGCAUCUGUGGUUAGAUUUUAGAAAGGGCCACUGAGCAAUGGUUCCAAACUAGAAGUAACAAAAUAGAGCAGACCCAAGGGUAGUGUUUCUGUGUGUUGAGUGCCAGUACCUGUCUGUGUCAGACAGACAUGUGCAGGCCCCUUGCUGGGGUCUCAGGGACACAUGUAGAAAGGGAAGGAAGGAAUGGCUGUUCAGGUAGUUAGAGUUGAGAGUCUGGGAUGGUUGUGCAGGAAGAUUCCUCUGUUGGAAGCUUCAGGAUUUUGUUCUCCAGGAGCAGUCACUGCCCAUGGGCCUUCUGGAAUGUAGACACCCUUGACGCCUGGUCCCUGAUGGCAUGUGGUGGGGAAGGUGGCUGGGGCAGCAUUUGAGAACUCCCAAUAUUAAAUGGGACUACAUUGAAAGCAGCUAACAAGUUCAAGAAUCCAGGAAUCCUCUCCCGAUUGUGUUCUUUUAUCUUUUAUAACAAAUCUCUCCUCCAUUCUCGCUUGCUCCUCAACAGUCACAUUUGCUCCUAUGUUCCGAGUUCCAGAGCAAACCACUCCCAAAACCUGUUACUCUGGUCAUCCCUCACCUUCAGCCCCACAGAGUUCCGAGUUCUCCAAGUAAAUCCACUCUUGUCACAUCCCAGAUGCCCAGGAAUAUUCCUGUUGACCUCAUCUCACUCAGCCACCGUUUAGAAAAUUAACCUGUGUUGCAAGUUCCCACUGGAAGAUGAGAACUUGGUUUCUGUCCCUGGCUGAAAAAUGUAGUAUCAUUAAAACAAAAAUGCCACAUUAAUCAUUUUCCAGGAUGAAUGUGUGCUGGAGUCCUGGAAUCCUGACUGUAAGAGGACAGUGUCUUCCUUCUUCCCACAGGUUUACAAUGCUCCAAGGUUUCUGACAGUUCCUCAGUACAGUGUCAGCAUGUAGCCUCAGCAUAAUGUGAGUCACCAGAAUGCCACCUUCAGAAAACCAUGUAAAUUUUUUUUGUAUAAGUAUAAUAAAGAAAUUUGGGGUAAGUGUUCAUAUUAUUAAAAGACUUUAAACUCA